AUGGAGCUGGGUGAUGGUCCUUACGCUUAUACAUCAAAGCCGGGUGAUGGUCCUUACGCUUAUACAUUGAAGCCGGGUGAUGGUCCUUACGCUUACACAUCGAAGCCGGGUGAUGGUCCUUACGCUUAUACAUUGAAGCUGGGUGAUGGCCCUUACGCUUAUACAUUGAAGCCGGGUGAUGGUCCUUACGCUUAUACAUCAAAGCCGGGUGAUGGUAUUUUCGCUCACACAUCGAAGCCGGGUGAUGGUCCUUACGCUUAUACAUUGAAGCUGGGUGAUGGUCCUUACGCUUACACAUCGAAGCCGGGUGAUGGUCAUUACGCUUACACAUCGAAGCCGGGUGAUGGUCCUUACGCUUACACAUCGAAGCCGGGUGAUGGUCCUUACGCUUAUACAUUGAAGCUGGGUGAUGGCCCUUACGCUUAUACAUUGAAGCCGGGUGAUGGUCCUUACGCUUAUACAUCAAAGCCGGGUGAUGGUCCUUACGCUUAUACAUUGAAGCCGGGUGAUGGCCCUUACGCUUACACAUCGAAGCCGGGUGAUGGUCCUUACGCUUACACAUCGAAGCCGGGUGAUGGUCCUUACGCUUAUACAUUGAAGCUGGGUGAUGGCCCUUACGCUUAUACAUUGAAGCCGGGUGAUGGUCCUUACGCUUAUACAUCAAAGCCGGGUGAUGGUAUUUUCGCUCACACAUCGAAGCCGGGUGAUGGUCCUUACGCUUAUACAUCAAAGCUGGGUGAUGGUCCUUACGCUUACACAUCGAAGCCGGGUGAUGGUCAUUACGCUCACACAUCGAAGCCGGGUGAUGGUUCUUAA